AUGGUCUCCUGCUUCCUGCUCCUGACAAGCCUGGUCACUCUCCCACCCCAACAUCUGACUGCCUCGUUUCUAUCACACUUCGGAGUCGCCAAAUUGAUCGAUUCUGCACAGAGAGAUAACAUCAUUGAUGACGAUUCCCCAUUCAUUAACCGUCUGUCCAUGAAACCCGAGUUGCAAUGUCCUCGCAAGGACUCUCCAAUAACAAAGGCUUGGAAGUACCAUGAACAGCAUGCAAGCUUUCCAUACUCGGAUGAAGCUUCAUGCCAGACACGCGUUGGAGUGUUUGCAAUAGACUUGCAAAGUGUUCAUGACAGCAGCAAGAGUAUCUUAUGUGAAAUAACUGCAACCGGAGUAGGGAAGGCAGCGUGA